CCGGCCUUGCCUCUGCGUGCGGGCAGCCGCGCUGCUCACCCGGCCAUGCGGUGGCUGUGGCCGCUGGGCGUCUCCCUCGCCGUGGCGCUGGCAGCUGGGCCCGCAAGGGCCCCUGGGGGGGUCCGCCUGCACCAGGGCGGGCACCGGCCUGGGGCCCAGGAGCAGCCGGACUGGUCCAGGCGAGCAGCCGAGUGGGAGGAUGCCAAGGGGCUGCAGCAGUACGUGCCUGAGGGGUGGGCUGGGCACCCCCGGCCCAUCCGCCCCGCCACCCCGCAGCCCACCCAGCCCCGGGUGGCCGCCAGCCCCUCCCCGGGCCAGGCCAGGGCCGCUGGGGGCAGUGGGCAGGAGCCCCGGGGCAACGUGACGGGGACGCCCGGCCAGCGCCUGCAGGUGCAGAACCCCCUCUACCCGGUGACCGAGCGCUCGUACGGGGCCUACGCCGUCCUGCUGCUAGCCCUGGUGCUGUUCGCUGUGGGCAUCGUGGGCAGCCUGGCGGUCAUGUGCAUCGUGUGGCACAGCUACUACCUGAAGAGCGCCUGGAACUCCAUCCUGGCCAGCCUGGCGCUCUGGGACUUCCUCGUCCUGUUCUUCUGCCUCCCCGUCGUCACCUUCCACGAGAUCACCAAGCAGAGGCUGCUUGGCGCGGUGUCCUGCAGAGCGGUGCCCUUCGUGGAGGUCUCCUCCCUGGGCGUCACCACCUUCAGCCUCUGUGCCUUGGGCAUCGAUCGCUUCCACGUGGCCACCAGCACCCUGCCCAAGGCCAGGCCCAUCGAGCCGUGCCCGUCCAUCCUGGCCAAGCUGGCGGUCAUCUGGGUGGGCUCCAUGACGCUGGCGGCACCCGAGCUCCUGCUGUGGCAGCUGGUGCGGGAGCCCAGCACUGCCGCGGGCACCGUGGACGCGUGCGUCAUGAAGCCCUCAGCCCACCUGCCCGAGUCGCUCUACUCACUGGUCCUGACCUACCAGAACGCCCGCAUGUGGUGGUCCUUCGGCUGCUACUUCUGCCUGCCCGUGCUCUUCACCGUCACCUGCCAGCUGGUGACGUGGCGGGUGCGGGGCCCGCCAGGCAGGAAGCCUGAGAGCCGGCCGGGCCCGCAGGAGCCGCCGGGGGGCCGGCCCAGCAGCACCGUGGCUGGCCUGGCCGCUGUGCACGCCCUCUGCGCCCUGCCCGAGAACGUGUGCAACGUCGUGGCCGCCUACCUGUCGGCCGCGCUCACGCGCCAGACCUUGGAGCUGCUGGGCCUGGUCACGCAGUUCUCCACCUUCUUCAAGGCGGCCAUCACGCCGCUGCUGCUCCUGUGCGUGAGCCGCCCGCUGGGCCGCGCCUUCCUGGACUGCUGCUGCUGCUGCUGCGGCGAGGGCUGCGGCCAGCCGGCGGCCCCCAGCGGCCCCCGCGCCAAGCUGCACACAGAGCUCUCUGCCUCCGGCUACUUCCACAAGCCCCGCGAGGCACCGCCGCUCCUGGCCCUGGGCACACCCUGCUGAGGCUUGGCUGGCCCGUGCGGGGAAGCUCUGCCCAGAGGUGGGCUCGGCUCCCCGGGCUACGGCCCGGGCCUGCUGCGCCGGGGCCUGCCCACCCAUGCUCCGCCCAGGGCAGUGGUCCUCCAGGUUCUUAGAGCUGCUCUGAAACUCUCCAGAACCUUGCCUGGCCCCCGCUCCCCCCGCAAUCUGGAGCCUGACCGCACCGCCCGUGUGCCCCUCUCUGCACCGUCCCCCCCCAGGACCUGGCUCCUCGCUGGGCACGGCCAGCCCCGCGCUGCAUGCUGCCUUCGGGUGCCGUCCCCCCGGGGAGGACUUGUCUCUCCGUCCUCCUCCUCCUCCGAUGUACCCCGGUUGGCCUGUACCCCCCGCCCCGCCCCCCCCGCUCAGGUGCUCCCCGGUAGAUGGCCCUUCUUGGAAAACAAUAAACUAGGUAGA